AAUCCCCAGAGUUCUUGACAAACAUUCUCUCUUUCAUCUUCGCCGCCGCCACCGUCGCCGCCGCCGCCUCCGGGAAUGCAUCAAGAUGCGAAGAUCCAACCCUGACCUCGCCGGCAAACGCCGACGCCACUCCGGCCGUUCCUGCCAUCGUAAGCACGUCGAAGACGGGUAGUCCUUUUCACCUCCGCCAUAUCUGUCUGUCUGUCUGUCUCUCUUUCUCUGUUCACCUUUUCAUUGCGGCAUAUCAUCGAGCACUUGAUCUUCAUCCAUGGAGGACAUCCCUUCGCCCACCGAAGGCCGUAACGUGCUUCACGGCCGCUACGAGCUCGGCCGUGUCCUCGGCCACGGCACCUUCGCCAAGGUCUACCUCGCACGCAACCUCCGCACCAACCGUCACGUCGCCAUGAAAGUCGUUGGCAAAGAGAAAGUCCUCCGCGCCGGUAUGAUUGAGCAAGUGAAGCGCGAGAUCUCCGUCAUGAAAAUGGUGACCCAUCCAAACAUCGUCGAGCUGCACGAAGUCAUGGCUACGCGAUCCAAGAUCUUUUUCGCUAUGGAGCUCGUCCGCGGCGGCGAGCUCUUCUCUUUGGUCGCUCGUCGUGGCCGGUUGCCGGAAUCCACCGCUCGCCACUACUUUCGUCAGCUCGUCUCCGCCAUCGACUUCUGCCACGGCCGCGGUGUCUAUCACCGUGAUCUCAAACCGGAGAACCUCCUCCUUGACGACGAUGGCAAUCUCAAAGUCGCCGACUUUGGCCUCUCUGCUUUCGCUGAGCAUGUCCGCCCGGACGGCCUUCUCCAUACCACCUGCGGCACGCCGGCCUAUGUUGCGCCGGAGGUCAUCGGAAAGAAGGGCUACGACGGCGCAAAAGCUGAUCUUUGGUCCUGCGGUGUCAUCCUCUACGUUCUCCUCGCUGGAUUCCUCCCGUUUCAGGAUGAUAAUCUUGUGGCCAUGUACAAAAAGAUCCACCGCGGUGACUUCAAGUGCCCACCGUGGUUCUCCUCCGACGCUCGCCGGCUGAUCACCAAACUCCUCGAUCCCAAUCCCAGUACUCGCAUGACUGUCUCUAAACUCGUUGAAACUCCAUGGUUCAAGAAGUCAUCCCUCCCAAAGCCGCCACCUUUAGCACCUCCGGCCAAAAAGGAAGGGGAGGAGCCGGAGAGCAUGAAUGCCUUCCAUUUGAUCUCACUCUCAGAAGGGUUCGAUCUCUCGCCAUUGUUUGAAGAUGGUGUGAGGAAAAGAGAGGAAGGGAUGAGGUUCGCGACGAGAGAGCCGGCUAGUGGAGUGGUGGCGCGGCUGGAGGGUGUGGCGGAGCGCGCAGCGGGGAAGUACAAGGUGGUGAAGAGUGGAGCUAGAGGAGUGAGGCUUGAAGGAGAAGAGCGUGGCCGGAAAGGGAAGCUCACCGUGGCAGCUGAUAUCUUCGCGGUGGCGCCAUCGGUGCUUGUCGUUGAAGUGAGAAAAGAUGGCGGCGAUACGCUUGAGUACCACCGGUUUUGCAGCGACGAGCUCCGGCCUGCUCUGCAAGACAUUGUCUGGGCCGCCGGCGGCGACGCUCAGCCGACCGCCGCCUGAAAAAGCUACCACCUUUUCAUGGUCUUCAUAGUGCUGCUCACUUAUUUGAUUGUUAAUUUCAGUGGAAAAUUAAUGUUUUUUUUUUAAUAUUGGCAAAGACCAUCUCUUUUAUUGUUAUUGUUGUAUUGUUGUCUGUGAUUUGGCUUGUCAUUGUUGUUCUCUGGUUUUUCCUCUGCUUUUUUCUUAUGUAUUUUGUUAUAUUGUGUGUUGUUGUUCUGAGGACUUUGUUGUGUGAUUUGGUAAGUGAUUGUUGUUGAAUUAGGUUUUCUGCUGCCAAAGUUGCAAGCUUUUUUC